AUCACUGUCUCAUUAUCUCAAUACUUCAAGCCAACUUGAGUAUCGCGCACUUGCCAAAUAAGCCAUAUUGGCUUAAAUGCCAGACUUCGUAGUUUACAUCUCUAUACCGUAUACAAUCAGUCUCACUUUAACGAAGUUAUUCUUCUAUCAGGAAAAUCGGACGGUGAUUCGUAAUCCAGUUAUCUCUCGAGCGGACACCUCCGAUAUCCUCGAACACAAUGUAGAGUGCGAUAGCCCUAUAUAUGAAGAGAGAGAGAGAAUAGUUUAUAGUGAGCACAGCAAGUAGUACAUAUUAUAUUUUUACAUCAAGCUGUAUCUGUUUCACGACUGCUGCUUCAUCACCGAC